GCGCUCCCUGUAUCGCAUUUUUUUAAAAAAAAGACAACGUUUGAGCUCUACGUCGAGUGACGAUGAAGCUGAAGAGAUUAGAUUAGAUUUAAUACUCCACCACAUGAUUUAUUGUCAGAUUCUGAGAAUGUCGUCAAUUUACCAUUGCCAAAAGAUAAUGAAGGUGUACCAAAUGCUGCAAUUUAUGAUGAUGAUGGUGAUGCUGAAACUCUGAAUGAGACUGAAAGUGAGACAGAGUCGGUAACAAAUGUGAGCUCAAAUGAUUCUGAUAGUGUUUCAUCUGAUGAUACAUUCGAUGAUCCAUCUAAUAUUAAUCUUGACGAGUGUAAUACAAAUGACGAUACUGAUUCUGAAUUACUUUUUCCGGGAGCAAGUAUCUCUGUGAGUGAAAGCAUGCUCUUAACACUUUCAAUGUAUCUCCGCCAUGAUAUAUCUGAUUCGCUAUUAUCAGAUAUGUUAAAAUGGUUAGAGAUACAUUGUCCAAAGCCAAACCACUGUGCAAAAAGUCUUUUUUUAUUUCGUAAGUGGCUACAACGAUAUGAAACACCACUGACUAGACAUUACUACUGCCCUCAAUGCGGUAUUAAAUUAUUAAACGAAAAAAACACUUGCACACAAUGUUCCGAUUCUAAAUCAUCACAUUAUUUAAUAGAAAUACCGAUAGUUUCACAGCUAAAAAAUAUGUUCAAUCGCCCUAAUAUUUAUAACCUGUUACAAUGUAGAUUAAAUAGAAAAAAAAAAAUGAUAAUAACUUAGAAGAAAUUUAUGAUGGCUCGGUGUAUCAGAAUUAUUUAAAUGAUAAUAGUAUUUUUAAUUUAAAUUGUCCAAAUAAUAUUUCCUUUAUAUGGAAUUCAGAUGGAAUACCUUUAUUUAAAUCAUCGAAAGUUGGAGUGUGGCCACUUUUUCUCCAGAUAAAUGAACUACCUAUUCAAGAAAGAAAUAAAGUAGAAAAUAUGAUUUUAGUUGGAUUAUGGUCUGGCUCAAAGAAACCAUUUCCAAUUUAUUUUUAAAUUGUUUCAUGCCUCAGCUCUCGGCUUUAUAUAAUGGUGUUUCAAUUUAUGUGAAAGAUAUUAAUCGUGAAAUAAAAUUAACAGGUUUAGUUAUUGGCGGCACUCUAGACAUGCCGGCAAAAACUCUUUUUUUAUGCAUGAAACAAUACAACUCAUUGUACGGAUGUCACAAGUGCAAAACAAAAACAAUAAAAAUUAGUAAUAGGCGUGUGUAUACCCGAACUAAUAAUAUUAAUUUAAGAACAACGAAUGAAACAUUAGAAUUUGCUAAAAUAGGUACCAAAAUUAAACCGGUUUUUGGGGUAACAGGGCCAACAAUAGUAUCUAAAUUUGUACCAGAUUUCAUUAAAACAACAAAACUGGAUCCGAUGCAUAUGAUUUCGGGAAUAACAAAAAUGCUUUUACGUUUUUGGGUCUCAGUAGAUUAUUCUAUCCAUCCAGCUUCUUUAUCUACAUACUCAAAAAUAAUUAAUACUCGUCUUUUGUCUAUGAGAGUCCCAUCUUUUGUUGAACACCUUCCUCGUUCUACUGAUGAUUAUAAAUACUGGCAGGCGUGGGAACUCAUAAUGUUUUUGAUAUAUUAUUCGAUUCCGAUACUGAGCGAUAUAAUGCAAGAAAAAUAUUUUAAGCACCAUACAUUGUUGGUGUUAGCCAUAUAUUUAUUAAGCCAAAAAAGUAUAUCGCAUGGUGAUAUAAACGACUCAUCUGUUCUUUUACAACAAUAUGUAUCUGAUUUUAAAGAAUUAUAUGGUGAAAAAUACAUGUCUUGCAACUUACAUUCUUUGUUGCAUCUAUGUGAAAGCACAGUAGAAUUUGGAAAUUUGUGGUUUGUAUCGUGUUUCUCAUUUGAAAACGCAAACGGUAUUUAAAAAAAGUUAGUACAUGCAACUAGAGAUGCACAAAUACAAAUGUGUCGUAGUGUUUCUUUGUACAUGAUGCUGGAUGGUCUAAGUCAUAAUAUUCUUCUUGAAGGUAGUCCAUCACAGUUAUUUUAUCAACAGUUAAAAAACAAAGGCGUGUGUAGACGUAAAAUGAACUAUAUAAGUCAUGGUAUUGGUAUUGUAGGACACGUCGAAAAACUAAAAAUAAUUGAUCCAAUAAUCACACAAGCUUUGAUAAAUGCUGACGAAAGUAAUAUCAAUAAAAGAGUAUACAAAUUCCAUCGCCUAUUUAAAAAUGGAAAAUUGUACACUUCUUUUCCUUACACUCGCAAUAAGAAAAAUAAUUCAAGUUGUAUUUCAUACAUUAAAAAUAAUGAACAAUUGAUAGGACAAAUUGAAAUGUUUGUAAGAGUUUGUAAUUGUGAAUGUGAAAAAGGAAUAUGUGAUUACUGUAUAGAGAAUGCUACUACUUAUAUGAUCAUUAGAAAAUACAAUUACGAAAAUAUAUUUAGCACUGAGAAUCCACGACGUUUCAUAAACAAACUUGAGUGUAAUUCGAUGGGACCGUUGUGCGCUAUCAAUAUUUCCCAGCUUGACUCGAUUUACUUUUUAAUAAUAAUUGAAAAAUCUGGUAGAAAUAAAAUGUACGCAAUUAAACCCAUGAAUUUUAUAACAUAAUAAAUCUAAAAGUGUACUUUAAAAAUAUAAAAAAUACUUGUUUGUAGAUUGAUAAA